AUCCGCCAUCCUCGGGUGCGCGCGCUGACCACCGAAAGCCGCCGUGAUCCUCGCAUCAAUCCGGACCGGGUCGCCAGACUCGUCUCCGGAGUAUAAAAUCGAAGGCCGAACCUCCCUGUUCCCAUGGAAAGCUCCUCCGCCGUACCCUGCCCCUCUGCUCGACUCCACCGCCAUGGCUGCAACAACCCGCCGGAUGCGCGCGCUCUAGCUGGGCACGACAAUGGCCUUCCAACCACCUCGUAUCGCUCGGGCAUAUAUGACCCAUGUCGCUGCAACUCCGUGCCCUUGGUUCAAAUGGAUCGAAGUUGACUCCUUGCGCGUGGAAGGGAGCAUGAACGGAGAAAUUGGGUGCGGGCGCCGCAGUCGAUUCCGCCUGUACACCAUCGGAAGGUCUAUGGGCCAUGUCUGGGAGCUUCCUUGGGCCGCCGCGGGGGUGCUCGUCCAUCAUCUCGGGCAUGUGCGACGGUCGGCGAGCAGCAAUCUCUCGUCGAACUUCGACACCGCCGCACUUCCGCCUAUCACCGUGGCCAGAAAACCUCCUGCAAUAAUCCUCGCGGUGAGGUCAUGAGGAUCUGAAGAAUCACCCUGGUAACUGGA